GAAACAAAGGGCUAACUCGGUGGGCAUAGUUUUGUCAAAAUUUCAUAACAUUUUUCUCCGAAUGAAAAGUUUUUUGAGUUUUUGUGCAAUUUUGCUAGUGAUUUCUGCUGUAAAAUAAUAAAAUAAACCACCGACGUCGUACAAAAAUGGCAACAUAUCGCUUGGGCGCUAUCGCGCGCUCGGCUGUUCGAGUGUCCACUGGUGUCGGAAUAAUUCGCACACAACAACACAAUGUGGUUAGGUUAUUGGCCAGCUCUGCCGGGAAGCAAUCUUCCUCGAGUGGUGGUACACUCCGAUUGGCCCUCAAAGGUGUGGCUGUGGGCGCCUUAUUGGGCACCGGCUGGUCUGGUUACAAUUACUUCCGGGGGGAACCAACGGAUCACAUGAUUCAUGAAAAAACCGGACCAACAUAUUUGGAUCGGCUGCCUGACGUGAGGAUAAUGAGGAAGGUUGUAAAUCCGAAAGACGAUUCCGGGUUGGAACUAGUGUUGUUCCAGUUCCAGACGUGCCCUUUCUGCUGUAAGGUACGAUCAUUUCUGGACCACAGCGGAUUGUCUUACUCCGUGGUAGAAGUUGAUGCGGUUCUGAGGCAGGACAUCAAAUGGUCCAGCACAAAGAAGGUUCCCAUAGUGUUGGCCAAGACUCGGUCGGGAAAGUACGUUCAACUGAUGGAUUCCAGCAUGAUUGUUUCGGUGCUGGCCAGCUUUUUAAAGGACAAAAGUCAGGACAUCGGGGAGUUGGCCAAGUAUUAUCCGUCCAUUUCGUUCGUCAAUGAAUCCGGCAGGAAAACCAGCGACAUAAUGAACAAAUACUUCCUGAUGUUGCAGGAUUCCAAACAACACAAAGCGAAUGACGCCCAAGAUGAGGAACGUAAGUGGCGCUCCUGGGCGGACGACCAUCUUGUGCAUCUCAUCUCGCCCAACGUGUACCGUACCAAAGAUGAAGCACUGGAAACGUUCGAAUGGUUUUCCGAGGUUGGCGAAUGGGACGUACACUUCCCCAAGUGGGAACGAGACCUGAUGGUGUACGUCGGUGCCGUGGCCAUGUGGGCCAUCAGUAAGCGGCUGAAGAAGCGCCAUCAACUGUCCGAUGACGUUCGGUCCCACAUUUACGAUGCGUGCGAUAAAUGGAUUGCGGCAGUGGAGAAGAAUAAAACACCGUUCCUGGGUGGUAAGAAGCCCAAUCUAGCCGAUUUGGCCGUGUUCGGUGUGCUGAAUAGCAUGGAAGGAUGUCAAGCCUUCAAGGAUUGUCUGGAUAAUACGAAGAUUGGCGGUUGGUUCUAUGCAGUGCGGAAAGAAGUUAUGAGCAAUCGUGGCCAUGUGGCUUAAGAAGAGGUAUGUAAUUUAUGGCAAAUCGUUGAUUCUAGGAUUGUUAAUAUAAAAAUGUAAAUUUUACAUAA